AUGGCAUCCGACAACGCUCUGGAUAACCCCGACUCCUACACAGUCGCCUGGAUCGCUGCUCUUCCCAUCGAGCGAGCCGCUGCGGAAGCAAUGCUCGAUGAGGAACAUGAAGCUCCAACUGGUUUCACUAGACACCAAACUGACGCGAACGUUUAUACCUGGGGUCGCGUGGGAGAGCACAACAUCAUCAUUGCCUCUCUUGCCGCUGGAGACUAUGGAACUACAUCGGCUGCAGCCACGGCCUUAAGCCUGCUUGCCUCUCUGCCAUCCAUCCGUGUCGGCCUUUUUGUCGGCAUAGGCGGCGGCAUCGCUCGACCGGACGAGGACCGCGAUAUCCGGCUUGGCGACAUCGUUGUGAGCCAGCCCGAUGGGACAUCGGGCGGCGUCUGCCAGUACGACUUGAUCAAAGCAAAGCCGGUUGACAAGCGUGAGCGCAAGGGCUUCCUCGGGCGGCCUCCGACGGUGCUCCUAAAUGCACUUGCCAAAAUCCAGGGCGUUCACGAGCGGAAAGACUCCAAGGUUCCCAACUUCCUUCAAGAGAUGCUGGAGAAGAACCCGAAGAUGGGCAAGAGAUCCAAGCAAAAUCCUGGCUAUGCUCACCAGGGCCUCGACAAUGACCGCCUCUUCAAAGCUUCAUGCGACCAUGUCCCCGGGCCGGACUGCCGGGGCUGUGAUACGGCAGGCGAGGUUCAACGUGAUCCUCGAGACGCUACUGAUCCCGAGAUCCACUACGGGAUCAUCGCAUCAGGCAACACGCUUGUCAAAGACGCCGCUGCGCGCGAUCGGAUUAUUGCUGACAUCGGCGAGGAUUGCAUCUGCUUUGAGAUGGAAGCGGCCGGCCUGAUGAACCACUUUCCCUGCCUUGUGAUCCGAGGGAUCUGCGACUACGCCGAUUCUCACAAGAACGAUCGAUGGCAACGCUACGCCUCAGCUACUGCCGCUGCGUAUGCCAAGGAGCUCUUGGCGUACGUGCCGGCCACGGAGGUCCAGGAGACUAAGAGGGCACUGGAAGUGCUUCAGGCGGUUCAGCAACAGAUCGAUGGCGUGCAGCAGGCGACAGUUGCAACGAAAGCUGUAACUGAAUCCAUCGCGUCUGGCCUUCAUACCCACCAGAUCAAGCACUGGCUUUGCCCCCCAGAUCCGUCUACAAACGCCAAGCACGCGAGGGACCUCCGUCAUGAAGGGACCGGCGCGUGGCUCCUUCGAAACCCGGCCUUCCAGGAGUGGUGCUCGGGAUCGCGUCGACAUUUAUGGUUGAAUGGGCUCGCGGGAUGCGGAAAGACGGUUCUCAGCGCGACUGUACUGGAUCAUCUCAAAAACGGAAACGACCGCCUUAUCCUCUACUUCUUCUUUGACUUUAGCGACACGACAAAGCAACCCUUGGAUGGCAUGCUGCGGUCGCUUGCUUUCCAACUUUACCAAGGCCGGGCUGGUUCUGCAGGUCUUCUUGACGCCUCAUUCCGGGCACACCAGGAUGGCCGCGACCAACCUGCUACAAAGACGCUGGAGGACGUUGUGUGCAGGAUGCUCGCAGUCCAGAAGAAAAUCUCUAUUGUUCUGGACGCCUUGGACGAGUCGACAACAAGGAGUGAGCUUCUCCGGUGGAUGAAGAACGUAGUAUCAAAGUCAGAGUUGAGCGACGUCCAGCUGAUUUGUACCAGCCGGCCCGAACCUGAGUUCAUGCGCAACAUCCCCCCGUUGAUAAGCCAGGAAAACUGCUUAGCACUUGAGAAGGAGUCCGUCAAUGCUGAUAUCCGAUCGUAUGUCGCAGCACAGCUUUUACAACCUGAUUUUCGGGACAAGCACUUGUCCCUGGAUCUCCUCGAGGAGAUCCAGAGAAAGGUUGGCGACGGGGCCGACGGGAUGUUCAGGUGGGCGUUCUGUCAGUUGGACAGCCUGGCUCGAUGUCCUCACGAGGUAGCCAUUGAGAAAGCUCUCGCAUCUUUGCCGCGCGACCUGAAAGAGACAUACCAACUCAUGAUGGAACGCAUACCGACGGAGCUCAAAAAAGACGCGGAGCGGCUCCUGCAGUUUCUAGUGCACUUGAAGCGACCUCUUAAGCUGGCCGAGGCUAAAGAAGUAAUAGCAACACAGAUCGAAGACGAGCCACGAGGGUUUGACGUUAAGCGUCGUCUGUUUCGCGAGACCGACGUUUUAAACUACUGUCCCAGCUUAGUGACAGUGGUUCACGCCACCGAUAAAGAGCUACACCUUGCCCACUUUUCCGUCAAAGAGUACCUACUGGGGGAGAUUCAGUUCAACAUUACGACUGCCAGCACUUCCAUCACGAUAACGUGCCUGACUUACCUCACGGACAUUAACGGUAGCCACGACGAAAUCAAGCGGGAUUUUCCGAUGGCAAGAUAUGCGGCGGAAGUCUGGGCAGGCCAUGCUGCGUUGGCUCAGACCUCCAAAGAUGCAGUUCAAGCGACAGUCAGGUUCCUACAAAAUGAGGUGACGUUCCAACGAUGGGCUCGAUUGUAUCAGCCCGAUUUGCCUCGGGCCUAUGACCAGGGCCCUCCACGAGGCUCCAGGCUCUACUAUGCUUGCUUCCUUGGGCUCGUAGCGUCUGCAAGAGAUCUUAUCGGCAAGGGAGCGGAGGUGAACGCGCAGGGCGGCGGCCACUACGGCAACGCUCUCUGUGCGGCCUCGGUGGGAGGCCAUCGAGAGACUGUCCAGCUGCUCUUAGACAAGGGAGCAGAGGUUAACGCGCAGGGCGGCGACCACGGCAACGCUCUCUGUGCGGCCUCGCUGGGAGGCCAUCAAGAGAUCGUCCAGCUGCUCUUGGACAAGGGAGCAGAGGUUAACGCGCAGGGCGGCCUCGGCAACGCUCUCCAGGCGGCCUCGCUAGGAGGCCAUCGAGAGACUAUCCAGCUGCUCUUAGACAAGAGAGCAGAGGUCAACGCGCAGGGCGGCCGCUACGGCAACGCUCUCCAGGCGGCCUCGCUAGGAGGCCAUCGAGAGACAGUCCAGCUGCUCUUAGACAAGGGAGCAGAGGUCAACGCGCAGGUCGGCCUGCUCUACGGCAACGCUCUCCAGGCAGCCUCGCUGGGAGGCCAUCAAGAGAUCGUCCAGCUGCUCUUGGACAAGGGAGCGGAGGUCAACGCGCAGGGCGGCCUCGGCAACGCUCUCCAGGCGGCCUCGAUGGGAGGCCAUCGAGAGACUGUCCAGCUGCUCUUAGACAAGGGAGCAGAGGUUAACGCGCAGGGCGGCCUGCUCUACGGCAACGCUCUCCAGGCAGCCUUGCUGGGAGGCCAUCACGAGAUUGGUAAGCUGCUCUUGGACAAGGGAGCAAAGGUCAACACGCAGGGCGGCCGCUACGGCAACGCUCUCCAGGCGGCCUCGCUAGGAGGCCAUCGAGAGAUUGUCAAGCAGCUCCAAGGAAGGGGCGCUAUUACAUCAUCUUCAAAGCGGACUGGCUUUAGGACUCCAAGCAACCGGGCGAAGAAACUUCGUUUAGUGAGCCCUGAAUCUUCUGAUCAAACUCAAUAA